CGACGCCGUAACAUCCGGAAUGUUCUUCCUGCUACACAGGAAGUAGAGUCUGGUUAGCUCGACAAUUUUGUGAAUUUUUCUGAAACAAUUAACACACUUAUUACUUCCAUCACAUACUUAUUCAGCAUGUUGAUCAAAGUAAAGACCCUCACUGGGAAGGAAAUUGAGAUUGACAUCGAGCCCACAGACAAGGUGGAGCGAAUUAAAGAAAGGGUGGAGGAGAAGGAGGGGAUUCCUCCUCAGCAACAGAGGCUCAUCUACAGUGGAAAACAGAUGAAUGAUGAGAAGACAGCUGCAGACUACAAGAUACAGGGCGGCUCGGUGCUCCACCUCGUCUUGGCGCUCAGAGGAGGAUCAACAGCGCACAGUUGCAGCAAACGGCUCUCCUCGCUGUCCUGAGUCACCGCUGUCACGAGGCCAGCUGAGUGCCAGCAUUUAGGUGUUUGCAACAAUGUGCAAAGGAGAAAACUUCAGAUCCCACCCAUCACGCAACAGUGCCACCAAGGAAGAAAAGCAGCCCUCCAAACAACAAUGUAGUCCCCUCUUAGAUGUUUUUGUAAACCCACAUUGGCUUUUUGAGUUUGAACAGUUGGAGUUGAUACAGGCACCUAUGAUGCUUUGUGAGAGACAGUUUGUGAACACUGUGGCCUCUUUGCUUGUGAAUAAAUCCUAAAGUUGA